GUCAAAUGCUUUGGAAUUAAUUAUUGUGUUUUCUCUUUUUGUUUUUCCUUUUUCCCACUACAAGAAAAUUGAAAAUAAAAUAAGGGGUUGUCUUUUUUCUUAUUAGAAAGGGGCCUUUAUUUUUUUAACUUGUCUAAAUUUGGGGUUUGAGAAACUAAAAUGAAAUGAUAAUGUGCCUCACAAGAAACAAUUCAAUGUCUUGGGCUACCCCUGAUGAUUUUUUGCUCUCUACCUCGUUGGCUACAUACCUAGAAAAAAAAGUAGUUGUCAUGUUGCAAGAUGGUCGAAAACUUUUGGGGUUAUUACGCUCGUUUGAUCAAUUUGCUAACGUUGUUCUUGAAGGUGCUUGUGAAAGAGUAAUUGUUAGUGAUAUUUAUUGUGAUGUCCCUUUAGGCUUAUAUGUAACUCGUGGGGAAAAUGUUGUCUUAAUUGGAGAGCUGGACUUGGGAAAGGAGGAGCUUCCACAUCAUAUGACUUCUGUGUCAGAGGCUGACAUAAGAAAGGCUCAAAAAGCGGAAAAGGAUGCUACUGAUCUAAAGGGCACCAUGAGAAAAAGGAUGGAGUUCCUUGAUUUUGACUAGAACCUCCUGCCAUUUCAAUAACCAAGCUGGUCCCAUCCAUAAAUUUUAAUGUAGUUGUGGCUCAAGUUGGAAUAGCAAAGGUAAAAAAAGAAAAUCACCUUUUGGCUUCUCUGGAGAGCAACUAACAAUUAUGAUGCCCUUUUUUUGCAUGUGGAUUUUGUGCUAAUGCAUUUGAGGGCAUGUUAGUGAGCCCUUUUUGGUUUUAGAAAAUCAAAUAUAGGGGAAGAGGAUUUCAUUGGCAAUGAUCAUUUUCGAUGCUUUCUAAUGAAUACUAUUAUUGUUUUUAGUUUAUGUUUAUGCAACAAGAAGUUACCAAGCCAUUCGGUCUAAGCUGUUAUUGUAUGUUUGAUUUAGUUAUCAAGUGCCUUAGUUGCUUAGUUUAAGUGUUUCUCAUGUCAGUUCUAGGUUGUAACGUUGUGUAAUAAAUUUAACAGAGAAAAGCUUCUUAGUGGUUUGAAACUUUGUA